AUGCUCGAUGAGGCGCUCGAGCGGUCUGAGAGACGAAGGCAGAUCCUGGAAGAACUGCUUGACCUUGACGCCAUUCGCGAACGUUUGACAUCAUGCGAGAUCUACGCCCGCAAGUGGCAGCUGACGGGUGACGAAAAGGUGGUGAAGCGUGAGCUUGCUUCCCUGGAUGCGGCAAUAGCCCCCUGUGAACGUUGGAGCCCCGGCGGUGACCCAGGCGGUGUCAUCAUGGGUCAGCCGACAUCCGCGCGGAAGAUGUCGCAGCAGAGACUCUGGCAGCAAGGCAAAGACCAGUGGCAGAGAAUGGGAGGCCGAGGCAAUGGGCCUCCUAAGGCUGUUAUGCUCAACCUUGACGAUCCCGCGGGCACAUCAAAUGCAGGAUUCCAUGAAAUGAUGAAGGUGCUACGUGGCAAAGGUGACGGUUUCAGGAAAGUGGGCACGAUGGAUCUACGUGAUCUCGUCGGCGAAGGGAAGGGCGGCCCAGACUCGGCGGAGUUCCAGCAGCUUUUGAGAUCGAAGCUGGGAGCCAUGAGCGAGGGGUUGAUCGCACCGGAGAUCGUACAACAGGUCACUUCUGUCGCUAGGGAUAGGCUGUGA